CGAUUCGACUAUACUAGGAUUAGGAGCUAUGAACUAAUUCUCUACAAUUUCUUAAAAUUUUUAAUUUUAAUAAUACCACAUAAUACUAUCAAAGUAAUACACCGAAGAUGGCCCAACUUGUAUCGUAGUUUCAUCGUUCGUUAAUGGUAUUGCUACAAGAUUCUGUUCCUAGCCUCUUCGUCUUCUUCUAGGGUUCCUUCCUUCCGCUGUUUCCCUUUGCAGAUUCUGUGUCUUCAAUUAUGGCUAAGAAGAGCAAAAAGAUUAUCCCAAUUGAUUGCAUACCAAAGCUUUCUCAACAGCCUAGAAGCUCACCUCCCAAACGCCGCACUGAUUUCUCUGUCUUCGUCACCACUUCUUCUUCUGCUUCUUCUUCUGCCUUUUCUAACCGAGGUUCAUCACCGGAUUCAUCUUCUGGUGAAGAGAGAUUGUCAAGUUUCAUUACAAGCAUUUUACGGGAAAAGAGAAAGGCAGUGAAAAAUUUUCAUGAAAGUACAAUGGUUCGGGGCAGCAAUUACCAGGAGGGUACAGCAGUGUGUUCAUCUGAGUCUUUUGAUGUCCCAACUAUGGAAUAUGAUUCAGCUGUGCAAGAUGAAGGUCUUGGUCAAAGCAGCAACAAUAGGGACACUAGUAAUGGAAAAGUUUAUAUUUGCAAGAUGUCAAAAUCUAUCCCUCAUGAAACAUCUGUCAGUGAUAGUAGUUCUCUUGCUUUAACCCCUGGAACUGUGAUAUGGGCGAGAACAACUUGCCAAACAUGGUGGCCAGCUGAGAUCAUGGAAGAAAGAUCUGCAUUAUCUAAGCCUGUCAGUGAUGGACAAGUUUUAGUUCAGUUUUAUGGAAAUCAUUCCAGUGUCUGGAUUGAUCCAAUGACAGAUAUUUCAACGUUUGAGGAUUGUUUUCAGGAACGGUGCAGUAACCCUUCAAAAGAUUUUCAAGAAGCUCUGAAACAGGCCAUACAGAAGAAGGAACAACUCAGUUCUAGCCCAAACUCAAGUUCUGAUAUAUCUGCUCAUUCUGAUCAGAAAGUUGGUUCAUCAGAUGAUAAAUGGACUUCACCAACCUCGAGUAGAACAAUGAGUGAUGCUGUAGAGAAAAGAAGGGGGAAUAGGGAACGGAAGCGCAAAGUUCAUUUUGAUGAGGUGAGAUGUCCAAUGAAACCAGAACGGAAACUUCGUCGGUUGAAGAUAAUGCGGUUGUUGGGCCUUGCACCUCCUGCUGGUUCUCCAUUUUGCCAGUAAUUUAUAUUUAAAAUGUUUGCAGCUUAGCAGCUCCUGUUGGUUUUACUUUUUCUCGUUUUUCAGCUUUUAGUUUUUUUUUUAUAUAUAUUAUUAUAAUUUUAUGAUUUUCAUGUAUACCAAGUACGAGUUAUGCC